GUUUCGUCAUCUCCUUCACAAAAUCAGGACCAGACGCUGUUUCAAAUUUUACUUCAGAAAAUCUCUCGAGUGGGCGCCAAGGGCAAACGGACUUUGGAACUCCCCAAACAUCAUCUUGAAGCCCUAGACGAGAGAGCUUUCACAGAGCUCCUCUCAACUCCAAUCAUGGCGAUUGCUCGCACCGGAGUCUACGUCGACGACUAUUUGGAAUAUGCCAGCACAUUGCCUGCCGAGCUUCAGAGGCUCCUCAACACGAUCAGAGAACUCGACGAUCGAUCCCAGUCGAUGAUAGACCAGACGAGGCAGCAGACGAGAUACUGCCUGGGAUUGUCUUCGCAGAGCUCGAAGAAAAGUUAUAACAAUAGUAAUGCUGAGGAUGAGGAGUCCGCCUUUGAAAAACUUCGGAAGGAUAUUGAGGCGAAUCAGGAUAACGCGUUGAGUCUCUGCACUGAGAAGGUUUUGUUGGCACGUCAAGCGGGCGACCUGAUAGAUAGCCAUAUUAAACGACUUGAUGAGGAUCUAAACAACUUUGCUGAAGAUCUGAAACAAGAGGGAAAAAUUUCACCAGAUGAACCUGCAGUUCUUCCACCAUUGCCACUAGUUUCAAGAAAUGAAAAGCGCAAACCAAUAUAUAUAACACCUCAAUCUAAGAGGCCUGAUUACAGAGAUCGGGAUUGGGAUAGGGAGCGUGAUCGAGAUUUUGAGCUCAUGCCUCCUCCAGGAGUCCAUAAAAAGGACUUUGCACCUUCACUUGAUGUUGGUCAGCCCAUUGACCCAAAUGAACCUACAUAUUGCAUUUGUCAUCAGGUGUCAUUUGGAGACAUGAUUGCUUGUGACAAUGAAAAUUGUCAAGGAGGUGAAUGGUUCCAUUAUUCCUGCGUUGGACUGACUCCAGAAACAAGAUUUAAAGGAAAGUGGUACUGUCCAACCUGCAAAAUAUUACCACAAUGUCAAUGAUGAAUUGCGUAGGCAAAUUUCAGAAGCCUGUGGGAAAUUCAACCGGUAAGUGUAUUGUUUCCUAUCGUUUGACAUUUUUCACUGAAACUGAAUUCGAAAUUUGCCUCUAACUGUAAGUUGUAGCAAUGGCAGUGGCUGUGAGAUCUUUUGUUUUAUUAUUUCUUGUAGUAUAGAAAAUGUAUUUUGGGGAUUGAACCUUAAAUCUAAAGAAAGAUAAGUGGCGGCUUAACCAUUGAGCUAUGCUCGGGUUGACAAUGAAAUCUUUUAUUUCAAAAGCAA